GGUAUCUGUCAAUCUCAGGCGGCAAGGAAGUAUGGAUUCUCAUCACCAGACGACAUGGGUCCGUCGGAAUAGCAACCCGAAGCUAGAAUCCAUCUCCGUGCUCGACAUUCCUUCGACGGUCCAGCCUUCUGCAGCAUCCAAGCACCAGAGCUCGGCAGGCUUUGCUACAAGUCUCAUCAUUUUGUCUUGGUACGCAUCCAACAUUGGAGUUCUCCUGCUCAACAAGUACCUGCUGAGCUACUUUGGAUUCAGGUACCCGGUCUUCCUGACGAUGCUACACAUGUGUUCUUGCUCUAUCAGCAGCUUCAUUGCUGUUGGGUGGCUUAACAUCGUCCCCAUCCAGUACAUCGGAUCCCGAAGCCAGCUUCUCAAGAUCGUGGCGCUCAGCUCCAUCUUCUCCUUGUCCGUCGUGAGUGGAAACAUGUCGCUGAGGUACCUUCCAGUUUCUUUCAACCAGGCUAUAGGUGCGACGACGCCGUUCUUCACUGCCAUCUUUGCCUUCCUCAUCACCUGCAAGAAGGAAACAGGGACAGUUUACAUGGCGCUGGUCCCGGUGGUCCUGGGAAUAGCUCUAGCCAGCAACGGCGAGCCGCUCUUCAACGUCGUGGGAUUUGUAGCUUGCCUUGUGUCCACAGCAGCGAGAGCUCUCAAGUCAGUGGUCCAGGGGCUACUGCUCACUUCAGAAGCGGAGAAGCUCCACUCGAUGAAUCUCCUCAUGUACAUGGCUCCGAUUGCGGUCGUUCUCCUCCUCCCAGCGGCACUCAUCAUAGAAGGCAACGUUUUCGGCGUUAUAGCGAGCGAGGCCGAGAAGAAGCCGUGGUUUCUGCUGGUUCUCGCCGCCAACAUGAUGAUCGCUUACUCCGUCAACCUCUUCAACUUCCUGGUUACCAAGCACACGAGCGCUCUCACUCUCCAGGUCCUGGGAAAUGCCAAAGCCGCGGUUGCUGCAGCCAUCUCGGUUCUUAUCUUCCGGAACCCGGUUACGGUCACCGGACUGACAGGAUUCACCAUCACCAUUCUCGGAGUGAUCCUCUACAGUGAGGCCAAGAAGCGUUCCAAGGCUAUCUUCUAGUCGGGUUUGUCUUUCGCUUAGUAUUUUUUUUGUUCUAAUUUGUUUAUUUGUCCGGAAAAUUGUUUUUUUUCAACGAUUCUAUCCUCCGACGGGGUUUGUAGCU